GAGCGGGAGGCGAGCGGGUGAUUCCCUCCGGCUGCUCGGGGGUGGGCGCUGCGGGAACACACUGUGCUGGAGCAGGGGAAGCCAGCUGCGUGGCGCUCCCCGCACCCGCCCUCGCCGGCAGGGCACAGGCCUGGCUGGGAAGGCAGAUCUGCUCUGCCUUGUCUGCCAAGCAGCCCGGGGUGAGGAUUCCCCCUGGCCAGGUGUGAGGACCUUUCCCUUGGCCAGGACCUAGGUCACCCUCAGCACUGCCACUGCCUGCCCUGGCACUAGGUGCCUUCCCCACCCCCCAGCUCUCCACACCGGGUGCAGCACAGGACUUGCCUGGUUCAGACGUGCAGGCCUGGGCAGUGCCCUGAACAUGGCCCAGUGCUUGACCAGGGCACCCUGCCGGGGGGGGCACGUGGUGGCCCUGCAGAUGCCGGAAGGUCUCCUCAUGUUUGCCUGCACCAUCGCCGACAUCAUUGAGAGGUUCACAGGGGCCGAGGCCAUGGUGAUGGGCGACGUGACCUAUGGCGCGUGCUGCGUGGACGACUACACUGCCAGAGCGCUCGGCGCAGACUUCCUGGUGCACUACGGACACAGCUGCCUGAUUCCCAUCGAUGCCGUGCAGGGGAUGAAGAUGCUGUACGUGUUCGUGGACAUCAAGAUCGACACGUCUCACUUCCUUGAGACCGUGCGCUUCAACUUCCGCCCGGGCGCCCGCCUGGCCCUCGUCAGCACCAUCCAGUUUGUCUCGGCCCUGCAGGCUGCCUCGCAGGAGCUGCGCCCGGACUACGAGGUCUGCGUCCCGCAGUGCAAGCCGCUGUCCCCAGGUGAGAUCCUGGGCUGCACGUCCCCUCGGCUGGCACAGGACACGGAUGCCAUUGUGUACCUGGGGGACGGGCGCUUCCACCUGGAGUCCAUCAUGAUCGCCAACCCCGGGAUCCCUGCCUACAGGUACGACCCCUACAGCAAGGUCUUCUCCCGGGAGCACUACGCCCACGAGCGCAUGCAGCGCGCCCGCCAGGAGGCCAUCCGCACCGCCGCCCGUGCCCGCACCUGGGGGCUGAUCCUGGGCACGCUCGGGCGCCAGGGCUCCACCCACGUCCUGCAGCACUUGGAGUCGCGUCUCCAGGCCCUGGGGCUGCCCUUCGUCAGGGUGCUGCUGUCUGAGAUCUUCCCCAGCAAGCUGCAGCUCUUCCCCGACGUGGACGCGUGGGUGCAGGUGGCCUGCCCCCGGCUCUCCAUCGACUGGGGAGAGGCCUUCAGCAAGCCGCUGCUGACGCCCUACGAGGCUGCCGUGGCUCUGAAGGAGAUCGAGUGGCAGCAGACCUACCCCAUGGAUUUCUACGCCAACCAGUCCCUGGGAGCCUGGACUCCCAAUCACGCCAGUCACCAGCCACAGCGGGGUCCCCGCCAGCCAGCGCAGAAGCAGGUGGCUGGGCCGCCCGGCGUGAAGGAGCCGUGCCGUGACUGCCGCUGCCAGGACACGUCGCCGUCGCCAGCACCACGGCCCGAGGCCCCAGGCGCAGCCAGCAGGCCCCCACCCGCGGAGCAGCAGCCGGGGCCCAAGUGCCCAGGGACAAACCCCCCUGACGCGGGCGCUGGCGAAAGGGGCCGGGUCGCCAGCCCGGUGGAGUGACUGAUGCCCUUGGUCUGUCCCCAGGGAGGCAGGCGUGUGCGGGGCCUGCGGCGCCUGGCCCUUUCCCGGGCAGGACGGGGUUGUCCAGGGCUGGGCCUGCCUCGGCGCCCGGGCAGUGGUGCCAGCGCCUUUGGCGGCGGGAUGGACGGAGAAAGAGCUGCACCCAUGCCACGGGGCACUGGCCUCUGCCCCCCACGCACUGCAGGGGGGUGGAGACGCACAGCGUGUGGCUGGAAACCCAGGCUGGGUGCAGGCCUGGCCGGGUGCUCAGCUCUGCUCUGGGCCCCCCUUCUGAGCAUGCAGCACCCCGCUGUCUGCUGCACCCCGGAAAUAAACCCUGCUCCCGCUG